AUGUCCUUAAGCGUAGCAACACCUUUGCCGUCCCUCUCAUGGUUCAGAGACGAUCAGCCCGUAACGAACGAACCAGAAAAGUACAUAGUAUUCAGAGAAAACCUCGGAGUGUGCCACUUGGACAUACAGCCGGUUGAGCUGAACGACCAAGCAGAAUGGAAGUGCGUCGCCACGAACGAUUUCGGACAUUCGGUGACUUCGUGUUUUUUGAAACUUAGCAUUCCAAAACAUUUCAGGAAACCGAAAUUUCUGGAAUGUUUGCGCGCGGUACUCACGGAAGAGGGCGCUGUUAACUUAGAGUGUAAGGUUAUCGGUGUGCCGCAGCCGGUCUUGAAGUGGUACAAAGAUGGAAUCGAACUGAAGCCCGGGGAUAUACACAGAAUUACCAGCGGACAGAGGUACUUAAAACUGUGUCUAGAAAAGCUAUCCCCAGAGGAUGUAGACAACAAUAUAUUCUCGGGAUGUCUAGCGAAUUCAAUAAUGAGAACAUACGAAACCCUCUAUUCCACUGACCCUUUUAGCCAAGAAACGGUUGACUGCGGAGCAGUACUAUUCCAACAGCUAAAAAGUCAAGCCUGA